AAUACACAACAAUCGUCCAGUAAAACUGUGCGUUGCAACGCUUGUUUACACGGAAGUUAUGUGGGUAAUGCGGAAGUGGUUUCAAACUCAAAGAUGGCGGAAGAGGAGAAACAACUAUCCGAAUUUGAACAAAUUGACUUUUUAAAAGAUCGACAUGUACGAUUCUUUCAAAGAUGUCUUCAGGUUUUACCAGAGAGAUAUUCAUCAUUAGAAACAAGCAGGUUGACCAUCGUUUUCUUUGCCCUAUCUGGUCUUGACGUAUUGGAUUCUCUUGACGUAAUAGACAAGCCCAGCUUGAUUGAAUGGGUCUACUCACUACAAGUGCUUCCUAUAGAGGAUCAAUCCAAUUUAGGACGCUGUGGCUUCCGCGGUUCAUCACACAUCGGCGUUCCGUACAACACCUCUGAGGGCCCCGGGGUCUCCCACCCGUACGACAGUGGCCAUGUGGCCAUGACAUACACAGGCCUGGCCUCCCUGAUCAUCCUGGGGGACGACCUGGGUCGAGUCAACAAGGAGGCCUGUCUGAUGGGCCUGAAAGCCCUUCAGCUGGAGGACGGAAGUUUCUAUGCCGUCCCAGAGGGAAGUGAGAAUGACAUGAGGUUCGUGUACUGCGCAGCCUGCAUCUGCUACAUGCUUGAUGACUGGUCGGGCAUGGACAUCAAGAAGGCCAUCAAUUACAUCCGUAGGAGUAUGUCAUAUGACAACGGCAUUGGUCAAAGGGCUGGACUGGAAUCGCAUGGUGGGUCCACGUUCUGUGCCGUAGCCGCCCUGCGUCUGAUGGGGAAAUUAGAGGAGAUGUUCAGCGAGCGCGAGCUGAACCGGAUACGCCGCUGGUGCGUCAUGAGACAGCAGAACGGCUUCCACGGCCGCCCCAACAAGCCCGUGGACACGUGCUACUCCUUCUGGGUGGGCGCCACGCUCGAGCUCCUGGACGUCUUUCAGUACACCGACUUGGAGAAGAACCGAAACUAUAUCUUGUCCACGCAGGACCGAUUGGUGGGCGGCUUCGCUAAAUGGCCUGACAGUCACCCAGACCCUCUGCACGCCUACUUCGGGAUCUGCGGCUUGUCUCUGUUAGGCGAGGCCAACCUGCGCCGGGUUCACCCGGCUCUGAACGUGAGCGAGAGAGCCUUUCAGUAUCUGCAGCAGCUGCACCGAACCUGGAGAAGCACCUGUACCUGACAACAGCCUCCCGCCCCCCCCCUCAGUGUCACACCCUGUCCCCCCCCAGCCUCCAAGUACCAAGACCACCGCCCUGGCCCCUAAGCCACAUGCAGCCUUUCUUCUCGGUUACCUUAGCAAUAGAAACUAUAGUGGGGAGACGGAUCGGGCCCCCGUCUGACUGAAAUGGGGGGGGGAGGGGGGGAUAAAUAAAUAAUGGUAUCCAUCAAUAAUAGAGACCAGACUGGCGGUGUUGGUGUUCAGGCUGGUCAGGAGCUCCUUCUUCCUGGCGUGGUCUGAGCUGGAUUCAGUGUUGUUUUUGUUUGAUGAUAUGCCCUGUACAUAGCCCGUUCCGUUCCCCGAAACAUGUUCUUCAAAAGACAGAACUUGUAGCGGCUAGAUAAAAUGUAGGUUCUCAACCACAUUGUCAAAAGAUCAAAAUGUGUUUUGUUUUUUUUACUUGAACAGUUCUGGGUUUUUUUUUUUUUAAACCAACAUGGAUGCUACACUAAUCAAGCCUCUUGUGUUUGUCCAGGAUGACUGGUUGUCUAGAAUUUGUGUGUUUUGUUAAUCCACACAGAGGUGGCUCCAGAUGCAUUUUGGGCUGUGUUCCUCAAAGCUGACAUGUCAUGGGACUGCUUACUCAGACUUGGUUCCCUCCUCUGAAAUGUGCCUCACACAGCAGAAACCGGGCUGUCUACUGUAUGGGUGUGCUUGUGGCUGCAGAUGAGUGGCGAUUAGGUCAAUGGACACAUGAAUGUUUGCCUCAAUGUCAAGUACAGCCCGGGUACUACCUGGGGUUUGGCUAACACGACACACUGAUUCGUUGCGAAAACAGAUGUUAGCUAAACAUGGUCGUACCCAGGGUAGAACCACAGAAACACGAAGUUUAACUUAUUUUUUUUUCUAUACUUCAUAGAAAUAUUGAGUGUAGGUAAUAUAUAUAUAUAUGACAAUGUCAUCUCUGUCAUGAAAGUGCUCAAUCCAGUAACUGCUAUUUCAAUGAAUUUGAUAUGGGAUGUUUAUGUAACAAAAACACGAUCAUGUAAAAUUAACUAAACUUGUUCUAAAACUUGCUUGGCAGUGAAUUAUUUGUGAAAUUAAUAAAAAUGCCUAACUUUU